UAGCGGAAUAAAAAUCACUAAAAAAAUUUAGUGUUCACUUUGACGUUUAAUUAUUUAAUUCAUUUACAAUUAUUUACAUUAAACAAUUAAAAUUAUUAGUGCGAAUUCUUUUCUCAAGCAAAAUGAUUUACCGUGACACCCCUUCAAUACCAUAAAUUUCCAAGAUCUCCACUUCCAGAAAUGCGUAUUGCAAUAAUUAGUCGAAAAAGUGUCCUAGCUGGUUCUAAACUUCGUCAUUUGAAACUAAUUCAAGAUUUCCGAUGAUCGACAGCUGACAAGCGAUGGCUCAGGCUUCGGGGACCGCACAAGGUUACCAUCAGCUCAGCAUAACAAUUGAAUGCGCCCAUCUGCGUCCGAACGGUUUUCUAAAACCGAACCCCUACGUGGAAUUCACGGUCGAUGGGAAGCACGCGCGGCGCACCGAAACCGUAAAGACCACAUCCCAACCGAAGUGGAACGAAGUAUUUACGGUCCUCGUGACGGCCAGCUCGAAAUUAGUCUUCAGCGUUUACGAUCAUAACAGUUUUCGAAAAGAUUCAAUUAUAGGCGAGAAGAAGUUGGACCUGUCGCAGCUGCUCUCCCACUAUAACGGAAGAUGCGAAAACCUAGAGCUGACCUUGGACCUUAUGUGCGAGAAUAAAACUACCGAUUCGCCGCCAAAAACCGGCGAAUUAAUAGUCGUACUGGAUGGUUUAAAUGUCGAAUUGAGUAAUCAUAAUAGGCCAAGUAGUAGCUUUAUGCCUUUAGCUCAGACAAAUAGUGAUACGCAACCAAAUAGAAGCCUUCUGAAUGGGGUCAGAGCGAGGAUGCGAUUGCAUGGAAGCGAAAAUGUCGUGCCGCCACCUUCGCGGACGGCCAUGGAUCGUCCAAGUCUCAUGGGAUCUCCACAAAAUAGUGCCACUGUUCUUACAAACGGCACACCUUAUCCUGAUGCUACACCACUGGGCCCUCCAGCUACAGUUCCUAGCAGUAAUUCGCAGACGACUGCGGAUGAAAGUCGCACCGAGGAGCCAUUGCCACCCGGCUGGGAAAUGCGAUAUGACAUGUAUGGGCGUAGAUAUUAUGUUGAUCAUAAUACUAGAUCAACAUCAUGGGAAAGACCUCAACCUUUACCCCCUGGAUGGGAAAUGCGAAGAGAUGGAAGGGGGCGAAUUUAUUACGUAGAUCACAAUUCGCGAACCACCACAUGGCAGCGACCGAAUUCCGAACGGUUACAGCAUUUCCAGCAGUGGCAAGGACAGCGACAGCACAUUGUUCAACAAGGGAAUCAAAGGUUUCUGUACCCACAACAACAACCCGCCCCACAAGGUCCGGGUACGUCGACCGCAGCAGUUCAAGAUGAGGACGACGGUUUAGGACCUCUACCAUCCGGAUGGGAGCGCAGAGUUCAACCAGACGGACGCGUUUACUUUGUCAAUCAUAAGAAUCGGACCACGCAAUGGGAAGACCCGCGAACCCAAGGUCAGGAGGUGUGCGGCGAAAUGGACGACGCGACACCUUUACCCGCCGGUUGGGAAAUUCGCUUUACCGAAGACGACGUCCCUUACUUUGUAGAUCACAACACCAAAACGACCACGUUUCAAGAUCCUCGCCCCGGUGCGCCCAAGGGCCCGAAAGGAGUGUACGGCGUGCCUCGCGCUUACGAACGAUCUUUCCGGUGGAAAAUUGGCCAAUUCAGGUAUCUUUGUCACAGUAACGCGCUACCUAGUCACAUCAAAAUAACGGUAACAAGACAAACCUUAUUCGAAGACUCCUUCCACACGUUAAUGCGACUUCCCGCCUACGAACUGCGAAGACGGCUCUACAUAAUCUUCAAAGGUGAAGAGGGAUUAGAUUACGGUGGCGUCAGUCGCGAGUGGUUCUUCCUCCUUUCGCACGAAGUCCUCAAUCCGAUGUACUGCCUGUUCGAGUACGCCAACAAGAACAAUUACAGUUUGCAGAUCAAUCCCGCGUCGUACGUUAAUCCCGACCACUUGGUCUACUUUAAAUUCAUCGGGCGGUUUAUAGCGAUGGCCUUGUAUCACGGACGGUUUAUUUAUUCCGGUUUUACGUUGCCGUUCUACAAGCGGAUGUUAAAUAAAAAGUUAGUUAUGAAAGACAUUGAGAGCAUAGAUCCCGAGUUCUACAAUUCGUUGGUGUGGAUUAAGGACAACGAUAUCGAUGAGUGCGGCCUCGAGUUGUACUUUAGUGUCGAUUUUGAGGUGCUGGGGCAGGUUGUGCAUCACGAACUGAAGAAGGGAGGUGGGGAGGAACGGGUCACCGAAGAGAAUAAGGAGGAGUAUAUUUCCAUGAUGACCGAGUGGAGGAUGACCAGAGGUAUUGAGCAGCAGACGAAAGCGUUCUUGGACGGGUUUAACGAGGUCGUUCCCUUGGAGUGGUUAAAGUAUUUCGAUGAGCGAGAGCUCGAGUUGCUAUUGUGCGGUAUGCAGGAGAUUGAUAUUGAUGAUUGGCAGCGACACACUAUUUAUCGACACUACACGCGAAGUAGUAAACAAGUGGUGUGGUUUUGGCAGUUUGUUUGUCAAGCGGAUAACGAAAAACGGGCCCGCUUACUUCAGUUUGUGACCGGCACGUGUCGCGUACCGGUCGGCGGGUUUGCCGAGCUGAUGGGCUCGAACGGUCCGCAGAGGUUUUGCAUAGAAAAGGUGGGGAAGGACACGUGGCUGCCGCGUUCGCACACGUGCUUCAAUCGGCUCGACCUGCCGCCGUACAAAAGUUACGACCAGCUAGUCGAGAAGUUGAACUACGCAAUUGAAGAGACUGAUGGUUUCGGCCAAGAAUGAGUGGAAGUCGGCUUGUACCUGAUUUGUGAUUAUGUUUUUUGUUUAUUCUCUAGCACCAAAUAUAACGGAAGAGUUUGUUGUA